GUCUUCUCUACUCACAUGGUAGCAUCACCAUACUAAGUUCAUUUCACAGUUAUCAUCUUCCUUCCUACUGUCAUGGCAAAUUUCAAAACUUUCUUUCUUCCUUUAACCCUUUCCUUUCUUUUCGCUUCUUUGGUUUCUGCCACCUUCUACCAAACUAUCUCUCCCGAUCAGUUACGUGCUGGUGAGAAGCUAACACACAUUCGGUUCUACUUUCAUGAACUCAUAACAAACGACAAACCCUCCCUCAUCAUAAUUGACCCUCCAAAGAUUAUGUCAAACGCUCCCCUUCCGUUCGGCUCCAUGGUGGUGAUCGAGGACCCACUGACCAUCGGACCUGAUGUUGAGUCCAAAAGGGUAGGAAAAGCUCAAGGGUUUUACCUCUCUGCAACCCAAAGAGCAGGUUUGGAUUUGGAGAUAGUGAUGGGGAUGACCUUGACAUUCUUUGAAGGAGAAUUCAAUGGCAGCACUUUAAGUGUGUUGGGGAGGAACGAGAUCAUGCUUCCGGUGAGGGAGUUGCCAAUUAUUGGUGGUACAGGUGCUUUCCGCUUCGCACGUGGCUUUGUUCUUGCUCGCAGUGUGAAGGUUGAUUACCACAAAGGUGAUGCCACAGUCGAAUACAAUGUCUACGUUUACCAUUAUUCCUCCUCCACCUCCUCUCCCUCUCAUCAACUCUUUAACCACGGCCUUAACUUCAUGACAGACCCCAUUCUCAGCAAAAUUUAAAUUUUCCAUAUCCCAACUUUCGUUGCUGAACUUUAUCUGUGUGUUCCAGUUCGUCUAUAAACUUUCAAAAAUUGUAUUCAAAGUUAGAACUUUCUAACUUAUUUGGUACAAUAUUUUAGUAAGUUUUAUACACAUAACUUAAGUGCAGAUAUUGGAUUACAAGUGGGGAAGAAAUCCAAAGACUGAGCUCCUAGUUCACUCCUUUUAAAUCUAUGAAUCGCUUAUAAUUAAUAAAUCUGCUGUACAGAAAAGUUGAGCUUUUGUUGUAGUACAAGAAGUUGUUUGAGUUAAAUAAUUUCUCUUUGGGAUUGUUGACCGUUCGCUGCGUCCAUUCUGUAAUAGAUAAGAGAUGAUGAAGUGGAGAAAUCCACCAUAGUGAAGUACUUUUUCUUGUUGUCUUUUUA